AUGUUCUUGAUGUGUGUCCUAUUGAUGGAGGAAUACACCUGUACACUAUGUCAACUGCUCAAGAUUUAUCCCAAACCGUUUCAACAUCCGAGCACAUGACUACAGGAUCUUUCGAGAAUAUCACCAAACAAACUAAAAAAGGUAUCUUAUCUGAUGAAAAAAGGGAGCAGAUAAACGCCAAGAGGCGAGCUAAUUAUCGGCGGAUGAAAGAGGAGGAAGCAAAGAAACUUGAGCAUGAAAGUCAAGCUUACCUUUCAACAUCCGAUCAAUCCAUCACUGAACAGACCGCAGUUGUUGUUGUUCCUCAACCCACUGAUGGUGAUGUCACAUGUGUACCGCGGCCUUCCGAACUGAACUCAGCGGGCAACCCGGCAACCUCAUCAACGUUUGUGUCUCUCAGUUGUCUCACUGACGAGUUAGCCGCAGCCGUAGCACAAAGUGUAAACGAGGCUCUAGAUUUGACUCAUAUGUAUGGAGGAAAUCACGUAAACAUCAAUGCAACUCCUCAAGUUUUACCACAAUCCGGUUCAACAUCCAAGCACAUGACUACAGGAUCUGUCGUGCGUGUCUCCAAACCAUCUAAGAAAGUUAUCUUGUCUGAUGAAAAAAGGGAGCAGAUAAACGCCAAGAGGCGAGCUGCUUAUCGGAGGAAAAAAGAGGAGGAAGCAGAAAAAGUACAGCAUGGAAGUCAACCUGACCUUUCAAUAUCUGAUGACAAGAAAGAGCUAAUAAAUGCGCGGAGGCGGGCAACGUAUCUUAAGAACAAGGAAAAUGCUGACAUUAACAAGGAACAGAUGAAAGCUCCGUUGGUAGAUGGUUAUCGAAGAAAAUAUGAUGACGCCGCCGGCAAGCAUCUCCAUCAAAAUAUGCCUGCCGUUGACAUGUCGGGUAUGCAAAAUGUUCCACGGAGCGCUCUCGGUGAUAUCACUAAUGGGGUACAAGCUCACCCUAUGCUCCUUGCCGACAAAAAUAGCCAGAUCAAGGCUCAAGGGCGAGCUACCGUGAAGCACAAAGAUGAUAACCUUCCUGCCCUUACAAUAUCAGGUUAGAAUGCUUUUUGAUUCAGCUGCCUCUUGAUAGUAUAUAUAUUCCUAAUGUUUCUGGAUACAAGUG